UCCAGGUCGGUUAGAGAGAUACUCUGGUAAUCCGCACAAUCAGUAUAUCCCGCUGACAGCACAGAUGUUUGUGAUUUUUAAAUAUGCUGGUCAUACGCAGCAGUGUGCUAAAUUAAUUCGCUGUCAAAAUCGAAGGACAUUGUUUACUUCUAUCUUUAAAAAGGCGGCAAAUAAGGCACCAAUACCCAAACCAGUCAAAGAUAUCCAAGUCUAUCAUGGAGAGAAAAGAGAAGACUACUUUUCAUGGAUGGAGAACCUGGCAGACCCUAAUCUCGGACCUUACAUAAAAGCAGAGAAUGAGUUUACGCGGAAAGCUAUACGCCAACAUCGAUUCUUACACAAAGUUGUAUUGCACGAAAUGAAGCGUCGACUGUACUUACCUAAUGCUUUACCACCAGUAAAGACUGUUGCGAAAGGAUAUGAAUAUUAUUCAACAAACACAGCUCAGGGUAUAGUUUACUUGAGAAGAAAAUUAGGUGACGGAAGGAACUCAUCAGAGGUAAUGUACUUCAAAAAUCUGUUUAGCGCAUAGCAGGCAUGUUCGCACAAGAGAGUGAAAAUAAAAUAACGGCAUAUUCACG